AUGACGUAACGUCCUGUGUCUGUCAACAUGGCGGCGCGCUGUGACAGGUCGUGUGUUGUGAAACAACCAAUCGCAAAACAGUGAGUUGCGCUUGUAAAAACCAAAUCGAUGAACAGCGUUUAAAAUGUAACAUCGGAAGAACUCCGUUUUAAGUUGAAAUUAAAUAUCGGCAAGGCUGUUAAGAAGUGCCUAUCGUAUAUUAGAGAGAUGUUUUCGCAUGUAUGGACGCGACUGCCCUGUAAAGUCGCGUCCGGACCAGUGAGGAGGACAUUGAGUCUAUUUUCCAGCCCAGGACCUUCAAACUGGAGUAAAGCGGUGUCCGACGCCGAGAAGAUUGUGGGUUAUCCAACAUCUUUCAUGAGCCUGCGUUGUCUACUCAGCGACGAGUUCAGUAACGUUGCCAUGCAUGUCAAGAAACUGGUCGGAACCCAACACCCUCUACUUAACACCGCAAGAGGUUUUGUCUACGACAGCAGGAACAACUUUCAGAUGAGGGGACUGGUUGUUCUUCUUCUUUCAAAAGCUGCAGGACCGAGCCACACAUCCUUAGAUGCCUUAGCUCAGGACAUGGUCAGCGGCAUCUACCCCAGCCAGCGCAAUUUGGCAGAAAUCACGGAGUUGAUCCACACAGCGUUCCUGGUGCAUCGUGGGGUUGUCAAUUUGAAAGAGUGGACGGCUUCCGACGGCCUGCUGAAGGACAUGGAGUUUGGGAAUAAGAUGGCUGUCCUGAGUGGAGACUUCCUUCUUGCAAAUGCUUGCACCGGAUUGGCCCAGUUAAACAACACCAAGGUUGUUGAACUGAUUUCCAGUGCCAUCGGUGAUUUAGUUCAAGGAAUCUACUAUGAGAAUUCCAACAACACCGAGGAAAAUAAUCUCACCACUGAAGUUGACACAACAGCAUGGGAGGAGCAGACAUUCCUGUCUCAUGGGGCGCUUCUGGCCAAGAGCUGCCAAGCUGCCAUGGAGCUGGCACAACAUGAUAAGAAGUCCCAAAGACUGGCGUACAAGUACGGCAAACACCUGUCGUUAGGCCACAAGCUAAAUUCCGACCUACAGCCAUUUGUGAAGAGCAAUGUGGGAGAGCAGGUGACUUUCAGUUUCAGCGCCGCCCCUGUGGUUUUUCACCGUCACAUCGUUGGCCCCGAACGAUGGGAGCAGCAACUGCAGCAGGCAAAAACAAUGAGAAACCAGCUGGAUUAUUCCAAGCUUUUGGCAGCAGUUAAGUCAGAGAAAGGCUUGAGCUUGGCGGUCAACUUAUGCUGUUACCAUGGCAACAGGGCUCUGGAGGCUAUCCAGGCUUUCCCCUCAUCCGAGGCUCGUUCUGCUUUGGAAAACAUUGCCUCUGCCAUCACCAAAUUUUGAACGGGAUUCACUUCCAUACGCGCAUGCGCGCGCACACACCCACACACACACUUUUGAUUUCGAGGUGAAACCCGAUUAGUCCUUUUGUGCCGAGGCCAGCAAAGGGAGAACCAUAGAACUGUUUGCUUGACUUCUGAAAACAACCAACCAGACCAGGUGUUGCCUCAUGUACUGCUGAGCUAAUCUGUGAAUGUGCUGCAACAGCAUAGAACAAAGGAAAGUUUAAAAAAAAAACAUUUUAGCAUCAUA